AGGACCCAGAGGUCCCGGGGAUAAGGCUUGGCGGGGCGUGCCGGGGCGGAGCGCAGGGCCAGGGGUGGCUCCCAGCACCAACUCACUCCGUCCGCCCGCGGCUGUGCCCAGCCGUGCUCGCCUUCCUCGCCCCACGGAGUCGGCCCCAUGGACGCCCUGUGCGGUUCCAAGUUCUGGGACUCCAACCUGUCUGUGCACACGGACAACCCGGACCUCACUCCAUGCUUCCAGAACUCCCUGCUGGCCUGGGUCCCCUGCAUCUACCUGUGGGCCGCGCUGCCCUGCUACCUGCUCUACCUGCGGCACCACCAUCAUGGCUACAUCGUCCUCUCCCGCCUGUGCAGGCUUAAGACGGCCCUGGGUGUCCUGCUGUGGUGUGUCUCCUGGGCGGAUCUCUUCUACUCCUUCCAUGGCCUGGUGCAUGACCAGGCCCCUGCCCCUGUCUUCUUCGUCACCCCCCUAGUGGUGGGGGUCACCAUGCUGCUGGCCACCCUGCUGAUCCAGUACGAGCGGCUGCGGGGUGUGCAGUCCUCGGGGGUCCUCAUCAUCUUCUGGUUCCUGUGCGUGGUCUGUGCCAUCAUCCCCUUCCGCUCCAAGAUCCUCGCAGCAAUGGCAGAGGGCGCCAUCUCAGACACCUUCCGUUUCUCCACCUUCUACAUCUACUUCGCGCUGGUCCUGUCGGCGCUCGUCCUGUCCUGCUUCAGGGAGAAGCCGCCUUUCUUCUCCCCCAAGAACACGGACCCCAACCCCUGCCCAGAGGGCAGCGCUGGCUUCCUCUCCCGCCUGUCUUUCUGGUGGUUCACAAAGCUGGUCAUCCUCGGCUACCGGCGGCCCCUGGAGGAGCAGGAUCUCUGGUCCCUGAACGAGGACGACCGCUCCCAGAUGGUGGUGCAGAGGCUGCUCCAGGCGUGGGAGCAGCAGCAAAAGCAGGCUGCGCGACACACGGCUGCAGCAGCAUCUGGGAAGAAAGUGGCGGGAGAGGCCGUGGGACUGCUGAGCGGCCGGCCCCAGGCCCGGGAGCCGUCCUUCCUGCGGGCCCUGCUGGUCACCUUCGGCCCCACCUUCCUCAUCAGCGCCUUCUUCAAGCUGAUCCAGGACCUGCUGAACUUCACCAACCCGCAACUGCUCAGCAUCCUGAUCAGGUUCAUCUCCAACCCCGAGGCCCCCGCCUGGUGGGGCUUCCUGGUGGCCGGGCUGAUGUUCCUGUGCUCCGUGACGCAGACGCUGAUCCUGCACCAGUACUACCACUGCAUCUUUGUGACGGCCCUGAGGCUCCGCACCGGCAUCAUCGGGGUCAUCUACAGGAAGGCGCUGGUCAUCACCAAUUCUGUGAAACGUGAGUCCACAGUGGGAGAAAUGGUCAACCUCAUGUCAGUGGAUGCCCAGCGCUUCAUGGACGUUUCACCCUUCCUCAACCUGCUGUGGUCAGCACCCCUGCAGGUCAUCCUGGCAAUCUACUUCCUCUGGCAGAUCCUGGGUCCCUCCGUCCUGGCUGGAGUUGCCCUCAUGGUCUUGCUGAUCCCACUCAAUGGAGGUGUGGCCAUGAAGAUGCGUGCUUUCCAGGUGGAGCAAAUGAAGUUCAAGGACUCGCGCAUCAAGCUUAUGAGCGAGAUCCUGGGUGGCAUCAAGGUGCUGAAGCUGUACGCCUGGGAGCCCAGCUUCCUGAAGCAAGUAGAAGACAUCAGGCAGAACGAGCUCCAGCUGCUGCGCAAGUCGGCCUACCUGCAGGCCCUCUCCAACUUCAUCUGGGUCUGCACCCCCUUCCUGGUGACCCUGAUAACCCUCGGAGUGUACGUGUGCGUGGACGAGAACAACGUGCUGGAUGCCGAGAAGGCCUUCGUGUCCGUGUCCUUGUUCAAUAUCUUAAAGGUGCCCCUCAACAUGCUGCCCCAGCUCAUCAGCAACCUGACUCAGACCAGCGUGUCUCUGAAACGGAUCCAGCAUUUCCUGACCCAAGAUGAACUUGACCCCCAGUGUGUGGAGAGAAAGCUCAUCUCCCCAGGCUAUGCCAUCACCGUCCACAGUGGCACCUUCACCUGGGCCCAGGACCUGCCACCCAUCCUGCACAGCUUAGACAUCCAGAUCCCAAAAGGGGCGUUGGUGGCCGUGGUGGGGCCUGUGGGCUGCGGGAAGUCCUCACUGGUGUGCGCCCUACUGGGAGAGAUGGAGAAGCUGGAAGGCAAGGUGUCUGUGAAGGGCUCCGUGGCCUAUGUGCCCCAGCAGGCCUGGAUCCAGAACUGCACGCUUCAGGAAAACGUGCUUUUCGGCCGGCCCAUGGACCCCAAACGCUACCACCGGACUCUGGAGGCCUGUGCCCUGCUCGCCGACCUGGAGGUUCUGCCUGGUGGGGACCAGACGGAGAUCGGAGAAAAGGGCAUCAACCUCUCGGGGGGCCAGCGGCAGCGGGUCAGCCUGGCCCGAGCAGUUUACAGCGACUCCGACAUCGUUCUGCUGGAUGACCCGCUGUCGGCCGUGGACUCCCACGUGGCCAAGCACAUCUUUGACCAAGUCAUCGGGCCAGAAGGUGUGCUGGCCGGCAAGACUCGGGUGCUGGUGACACACGGCAUCAGCUUCCUGCCACAGACGGACUUCAUCAUCGUACUGGCUGACGGGCAGGUGUCUGAGGUGGGCCCCUACUCGGCCCUGCUACAGCAGAACGGCAGCUUUGCCAGCUUCCUUCGCAACUAUGCCCCUGACGACGACCAGGAGGAGCAGGGCAGCAGGACCGCCUUGCAAAGUGCGGAUGAGGAGGUGCUGCUGAUCGAAGACACACUCAGCAACCACACCGACCUGACGGACAACGAGCCUGUCCUGUACGAGGUCCGCAAGCAGUUCAUGAGAGAGAUGAGCACCAUGUCCUCGGAUGGGGAGGGCCAGGGUCGGCCCGUGACCCGGAGACGCCUGGAUUCAUCCGAGAAGACGGUGCAAGCGACAGAGGCAAAGGCGAAGGCGACCGGGGCGCUGACCCAGGAAGAGAAGGCGGAGACUGGCACGGUGAAGCUGAGUGUGUUCUGGGAUUAUGCCAAGGCUGUGGGGCCCUACACCACGCUGGUCAUCUGCUCCCUGUACAUAUGCCAGAGCGCAGCCGCCAUCGGGGCCAGCGUGUGGCUCAGCGAGUGGAGCAACGAGGCCUCGAUGGGUGGGAGACAGAACACCACUUCCCUGCGGCUGGGCGUCUACGCUACCUUGGGAAUUCUGCAAGGGCUCCUGGUGAUGCUGUCGGCACUCACGAUGGCAGUGGGUGGCGUGCAGGCCGCGCGCCUACUGCACCACUCCCUGCUGCACAACAAGAUGCACUCCCCGCAGUCCUUCUUCGACACGACGCCCUCCGGCCGGAUCCUCAACCGCUUCUCCAAGGACAUCUACGUCAUCGAUGAGGUUCUGGCCCCCACCAUCCUCAUGCUGUUCAAUUCCUUGUUCAACUCCCUCUCCACCCUCGUGGUCAUCGUGGCCAGCACGCCGCUCUUCGCCGUGGUCAUCGUGCCCCUGGCUGUCCUCUACACCUUCGUGCAGCGCUUCUACGUGGCUACGUCACGGCAGCUGAAGCGGCUGGAGUCGAUCAGCCGCUCGCCCAUCUACUCCCACUUUUCGGAGACUGUGACUGGCACCAGCGUAAUCCGGGCCUACUGCCGCAGCCAAGACUUCAAGGUCCUCAGUGACACGAAGGUGGACGCCAACCAGAAGAGCUGCUACCCCUACAUUGCCUCCAACAGGUGGCUGGGCAUCCGAGUGGAGUUCGUGGGGAACUGUGUUGUGCUCUUCGCGGCGCUGUUUGCUGUCAUCGGGAGGAGCAAUCUGAACCCGGGGCUGGUGGGCCUUUCUGUGUCCUAUGCCCUGCAGGUGACAAUGGCUCUGAACUGGAUGGUACGGAUGAUGUCUGACCUGGAGUCCAACAUUGUGGCCGUGGAGAGGGUCAAGGAGUACUCCAAGACGGAGACCGAGGCCCCCUGGGUGGUGGAAGGCAGCCGGCCUCCUGAGGGCUGGCCCCCGCAUGGGGAGGUGGAGUUCCGUGAUUACUCUGUGCGGUACCGGCCAGGCCUGGACCUGGUGCUGAAAAAGCUAAGCGUCCACGUGCGCGGGGGUGAGAAGGUGGGGAUCGUGGGCCGCACAGGCGCCGGCAAAUCGUCCAUGACCCUCUGCCUGUUCCGCAUCCUGGAGGCAGCAGAAGGCGAGAUCCGCAUCGAUGGCCUCAAUGUGGCCGACAUUGGCCUCCACGACCUGCGAUCUCAGCUCACCAUCAUCCCCCAGGACCCCAUCCUGUUCUCAGGGACCCUGCGUAUGAACCUGGACCCUUUCAGCAAUUACUCAGAGGAGGACAUCUGGCAAGCCCUGGAGCUGGCCCACCUGCACAUGUUCGUGAGGGCGCAGCCCGCAGGCCUGGACUUCCUGUGCUCAGAGGGCGGGGAGAAUCUCAGCGUGGGCCAGAGGCAGCUCGUGUGUCUGGCUCGAGCCCUGCUCCGCAAGAGCCGUAUCCUGGUUUUAGACGAGGCCACAGCUGCCAUCGACUUGGAGACUGAUGACCUCAUCCAGGCGACCAUCCGCACCCAGUUCGACCACUGCACGGUGCUGACCAUUGCACACCGGCUGAACACGAUCAUGGAUUACACCAGGAUCCUGGUCCUGGACAAAGGAGCGGUUGCUGAAUUUGAUUCUCCCACCAACCUCAUUGCUGCCAGAGGCAUCUUCUACGGGAUGGCCAGAGAUGCUGGGCUGGCCUAAAACACAUUCUUGGGAUUUCCUCCUGGCCUUUCCUGGUGUUUGUCAGGAAGGGGAAUGACACCAAGCAGACUGGAUGGCAAAUGCAGGGGGGCGUUUUUUUAGAUUCUGCCUCUGGAGAGAAGUCACAGAAUAACCAUGCUAGACACCUGAACGUGGAAGUGAGACCCAAGAAGUGAAUGACACACCUGCCAGGGUCAUAGUUACCGAGACAGGGCCCAGACUGGUGUCUGGAUGUCUUGAUGCCCAGCUGAGUGUUAUUUCCAUCCUGUACUGUUUUUAAACAAUCAUUUUGGGGGCUGGCACUGAGGCAUAGCGGGUCAAGCCACUGCCUGCAGCACCAGCAUCCCAUAUGGGCACUGGUUCGAGUCUUGGCUGCUCCACUUCCAAUCCAGCUCUCUGCUAUGGCCUGGGAAAGUCCUUGGGCCCCUGCAACCACGUGGGAGACCCAGAAGAAGCUCUUGGCUCUGGAUUGGUACAGCGCCGGCCAUCAUGGCCAUUUGGGGAGUGAAUCAGUGGAUGGAAGAUCCCUCUCUCUCUGUAACUCUGCCUUUCAAGUAAAUAAAUCUUUAAAAACUUU